AUGAGUGGUGAAAACAAUAGUACACCUAUCGUUAAGGCGUCUGAUAUGACUGAUGAAUUGAAGGAGGAUAUUUUAACUAUUAGCAAAGAUGCCCUGGACAAGUACCAGUUGGAAAGAGACAUUGCUGAGAAAAUUAAGAAGCCAUUAGAUGUCAAGUACGGCAAUACCUGGCACGUUAUCGUCGGUAAGAACUUCGGGAGCUAUGUAACCCACGAAAAGGGCCAUUUUAUCUACUUCUAUAUCGGUCCACUGGCGUUUUUAGUUUUCAAGACAGCAUAA